ACCCAAACCACGUGACAGUACCCGGAAGUAGGACGGUGCGAGGAAGGAGUUUGAACUAUUUUGUUUGAUAUCGCUGAAUAAAUGAUAUUCAAUGGACACAGGAAGCGAUACUUUGAGACAACCUGGUGUACGGAUGCUACAAACUGCCACGAGAGAAAAGCUCAGAAAGUUUAACUCUCUGCGAGGUCGAAAGGUGCAGAGUGAUGGUGAGUUUUGGGACGUGGUGGUUUUGACCGCUGCCGAUGAGAAUCAGAGAGAAGCGUAUGAGGUACAGCUCCGAGGGAAAGUGGACAGAAGAGAACUUCCACUGGGAAUACACUACGAGGUCUUCUCCGACCCUCCUGGACCCAAGAUAGGGAAUGGAGGCUCCACUCUGUACGCUCUGCAGCAGCUGGACAGCAUGUAUGGAAAGGCUCUGGGCAAAAUGAGAGUCAUCCUGAUCCAUGCAGGCGGGUUUAGUCAGCGUUUGCCCAGUGCCAGUGCUCUGGGAAAGAUCUUCACCGCCUUGCCACUGGGUGACCCUCUCUACCAAAUGCUGGAGCUCAAACUCGCCAUGUAUGUGGAUUUCCCAUCCCACAUGAAGCCUGGUGUACUGGUGACCUGUGCAGAUGACAUAGAGCUCUACAGCAUUGCAGAGGUUGAAAAUAUCAGCUUUGAUAGACCUGGUUUUACAGCUUUGGCUCACCCCUCACCACUGUCCAUAGGAACCACCCACGGGGUCUUUGUGUUGGACUCAUGUCAAAGGUCUUCUGACUUGGAUAUGGAGAACAGUUUGUGUUUGCGCUAUCUGCACAAACCGAGCAUCAACAAAAUGCAUGAAUAUGGUGCAGUUUGUAAGAGCCUGAGCGGUUCUUCCUCUCAGUCUGAUGCUGAGUUUGUCUACACAGACAGCACCUAUUAUGCCGACUUUGAAACUGCAAAGAUGCUUCUUAAUCUACUGACAGAGUUGGGGUCUGUGCACUGUGAAAUAGAUGCAUACGGGGACUUUCUUCAAGCCCUGGGCCCCAAAGCUACAAUAGGCUACACCAGCAACACCGCUAAUGUUACUAAAGAGGAGAGAGGACUGGUUGAAAUCCGCCAAAAGAUCUUCCAUCAUCUACAGGGGACUCCCCUGAAUGUCAUUCUCCUCAAUAACUCUAAGUUUUAUCACGUCGGAACCACGUCAGAAUACCUCUUUCACCUGACAGAGGACACGGCACUGAGGAGUGAGCUGGGCCUCCUGUCGUCUGCCUUCAGCAUACACAUGGAUGAAAACCCUGGCUGCUGUGUUAUGUACUGCGUUCUUGAUCCCAGUUGCUCUGUGGGAGCUGGAUCAGUGGUGGAGUACUCCAGACUGGGAGCAGGUGUGACUGUAGGUAGGGGCUCCAUUGUCAGCAGCUGUUGCAUCAGCCCAGGGCUUUCAGUGCCUGAUGCCGUCUUUAUGCAUUCUCUGAGUGUGAACCACCAGGACAGAACCGGGUUUGUAACUGUCGCCUUUGGGAUUAAUGACAACCUGAAGCGCAGUGUGGAGAGUCCUGCCGACAUGGAGAAGCUGAAGCUAUUUGGGUUCAGCUUGAAAAAAUGUUGCUCCUACUGGGGGAUGGAGAAUGAAGCCCUGAGCUUCUGUGGUGACUCGCCCAGCUGUAGUUUGUGGAACGCUCGCCUGUUUCCCGUUUGCGCCGAUCAGCAAAGCUCGUUCUCGUCGUCUCUGAAGAUGCUACAGGCCGUUCUGAGUGGCUCCAUGUUCACGCUCCCCAAAGACACAGAGCUGAUGUCCAUGCAGCAGUGUUUACAGCGUAAGAACCUGGAGGAGAUGUUGAUGUUCAGGAUGGGCCUUUACCGGGACAUCACACAGAGAUCAACCAGCUGAAGCUGCUGACGCUGCUUCAUUUACUUUAUAUGUAAAAAAAAAAAUGAUGUGUAAAUAUCAUUACCUUG